AUGGUCCCAGCUGUGACGAUGAUACACCGGGCGCACAUGAUGAAAUCCGACAUAAGCUGGAUGUGGAAAGACAGUAUGAGGGGUUUGUUCAAACAAUUUACUCUACUAUUUGCUCUCGGUAUUCCGUUCAUUUGUACGGUUUUAAUAUUCAGUCAUUACUACGGUCGCUACGAGCCACUGUCGCCAACGGAAGCUAGGAAAGCAGCGGACGCCAUUUUGGAAACGGACAAUCGUCAUCACACGACGCUGUCGUCAGAUGUUACAACCGAUCUAAGUGCAUACAUCCGGGCAAAAUUUGAAAAUUCGUGUUACCCGGAAGAUGCAUUUACACGAUGGUGGAAAAGCUACGAAUUACCAGACAAACAUCGCGUACCGAAUGAAGAUGGCUGCCGUCAAACCCUGUCCGAUGUUUUUAUUGUUGGCGUAAAAAAGUGUGCCACGGACGCCGUUCGAAAUCUGCUUGUGGUACACCCGUCCGUUAUGUUCAGACGGUCACCUAGUACAAACCUACAGGAAAUCCAUUUUUAUGACCGACAUUACAACGAUGGCUAUGGAUGGUACAGGAAGCAACUUCCGUUUGUUAAAAAGGGACAACUGGUUCUUGAAAAGACGCCGCAGACCUUUUCUUUUCCGGAAGAUGCACCCAGGAAAAUAGCAACGGAGGCCAACCCCAAAACAAAAAUAAUCGUAAUUCUCUGUGAUCCCGUUGUCAGGGCAAUUUCCGAUUACGUUCAUGAACGGAAAGUGAAGGCGUAUCAACGAUUCCGUCCUCCGUAUUAUCGCAUUGAUAACAAAUCCUUCGAAAAGUCCGUUUUUAACGAAUCAGGUAUGAUAGAUUUUGAUAACGAACUCAUAAAAAUGGGCAUGUACUCGAAACACAUGAAGAGGUGGUUGGAAUAUUUCCCCAAGACGCAAAUAUACGUAAUUGAUGGCAACGAUUUUAAAGUAGACCCUGUAUCAGAAAUACAGAAGAUUGAAAAAUUCCUUGGAUUACCGUCAUAUUUGCAAAAGGAACAUCUUGACUUCAACAGCGACACCAAAUUUUAUUGCAUUGUCUUCCCUAAAAUUCGUUGCCCUAAUAAAACAAAAGGAAGAAGACACCCCCAAAUUCCAACCGAGGUUACGGACCAACUUUAUGCUUUCUAUCAGCCAUAUGACAAUGAACUUCAAAAUUUACUAAACAGGAAAUUUUCAUGGAUGAGAUAA